CCCUGUGUCUGUAAGAAGGCAACCGCUCCAAGGCUCCAAAUUAAUAAGUCAAUGCCAAGCCCAACUUGUUCAUCAAAUUCCAAAAUCCUUGGCAUUUGUGAAUCUUAAUUCCACCAAACGUUACACUCAAAACUUGAAACACACUUCCUGCCAACCACUACCCUCCAAGUCUUUUGAUCAAUUCAACUUUAAUUCCCCUGCAACUUCAAGCCACAGUGAAAGGGUGGGACUCGGCGGAUUCACAAAGUUUCAAGCUCCAAAACCAUGCCUUUCGAGGCCUACAGAAGGCCACACCUCCCUUUUGUCGUCAAUACUAUUUACAAGUAAUAGUCAAAACACAAGAAAAGCAAAAGCUUGGAACUUUUGUUUGUAUGUAUCUUCUGUAAGGCAACAGCCGGCCUUACCCAGUAUCCAGAACCAGUUACCAAUUUCUUGUUCCUGCUUUUUUUUUUUCAAGCUCUUUUCUUGUUUCCGAUCAAAGGGUAGAAAAAAUGGAAGUGGAGGGCAGUGUGAUGGGAACCCAGUCUCCAAAAUUUGCUCUGCCUGUGGACUCUGAUCACAAGGCCACCGAGUUCAGAUUGUUUUCCAUAGCCAAACCCCACAUGCGAGCGUUUCACUUGUCCUGGUUUUCCUUCUUCCUCUGCUUUGUCUCCAGCUUCGCCGCGCCACCUCUCAUUCCUAUCAUACGUGACAACCUCAAUCUAACGGCUACCGACAUCGGUAAUGCCGGGAUAGCUUCAGUUUCUGGUGCAGUGUUUGCAAGAAUAGCCAUGGGAACUGCCUGUGACUUAUUUGGACCGCGGCUUGCCUCUGCCUCGCUCAUCCUCCUCACUGCACCAGCAGUCUUUUUCACUUCCAUAGCCUCAUCUCCAAUCUCUUUCCUCCUCGUGCGUUUCUUCACAGGCUUCUCUUUGGCCACUUUCGUCUCGACCCAAUUCUGGAUGAGCUCCAUGUUCUCACCUCCAGUCGUUGGCACAGCCAAUGGAGUU